AGUUAACCCCUGCUCCAAGCUUUGAAUCGAUUAAAAGUUAUCGUUCAGUCACAUACCUGCCUCUCAGUUUCUUUUCUUCUUCACUUCAACUGCCCCAAAUCAAUCUCAAAUGUCGAUCUUUGAGUACAAUGGUAGCGCCGUCGUGGCUAUGGUGGGAAAAAACUGUUUCGCAAUCGCCAGCGAUCGGCGACUUGGAGUUCAGCUCCAAACAAUCGCUACAGAUUUUCAGCGAAUUUUUAAAAUUCACGAUCGCCUCUUUAUAGGUCUCUCUGGACUCGCCACCGACGCUCAAACUCUAUAUCAACGACUGGUGUUCCGUCAUAAGUUGUAUCAGCUGCGAGAAGAAAGAGACAUGAAGCCCGAAACAUUUGCUAGCCUUGUUUCUGCUCUGCUUUAUGAGAAAAGGUUUGGUCCAUACUUUUGCCAACCUGUGAUUGCUGGAUUGGGAGAUGAAGACAAGCCCUUUAUAUGCACAAUGGACUCAAUUGGAGCCAAGGAGCUUGCUAAAGAUUUUGUUGUUGCUGGCACUGCUUCAGAGUCCCUUUAUGGUGCAUGUGAGGCAAUGUUCAAGCCUGACAUGGAACCAGAGGAGUUGUUUGAGAUUAUAUCUCAAGCUUUAUUAGCAUCUGUUGAUCGUGACUGUCUGAGUGGUUGGGGAGGCCAUGUCUACGUUAUAACACCAACUGAAGUAAAGGAAACAAUCUUGAAGGGAAGGAUGGAUUGAUCUGCUUUGAUAAUGCUGAAGUCAACUGUUCGUGUUCAGUCCCCAGUUUGUCUUUUAUGGAAAAACUUAGACUGCAGUUGAAUGUGAACCUCUUAGCUAAGGCUGUUAUUCAUAGAACUCGAAUUGUUGUACUCAUAAUUUCCGAAUGAAUUGAAAAAUUUUCAUAUCAA